AUGGCGCAGAAUUCGCAAACCCAAAAAGCAAAAUGGGGCGUGGGUAACUUUUUUCAACAAGCGGUGGCCGGUGUCGAAUCACGCCUAGACAACAUUUUAUUGGACGACGAGGAAAGAAAGAAAGCGGCGAACGCGAAGCCCGCCGAGGCGAAGAGUACUGAAGCACCUGUCACUAAAUCUCCUGCUAGCUCAAUUUCUCGCAGUGCAUCAACUGCGCGCCGGAAUGACCGUCUUCAAGAACGUCUGGCGCGAGCCAUGGUCAACAAGAGCACCUCAAAUCGGACUUCAGAAUCCUCGCCCGGUCAGGUCUCCUCUCCUGAGGCUAGCCCGCGACCGAGUAGUGAUGCGCGUUCAAGUAUGGAUAUAGAUUCCAGUCUUGCAACUUCCACGGCCGUUACAGACGCCAUUAAACCUCCGACAUUGACAGAAGCAAACCCCGCAAUGGAGGGCUCGGCGGCGAGAACAAGUGAAGACUUGUCGGUUUCUGCCAGGCCAUCUGUCGACAUCAGUAUCACAGAAUCAAAUCCCAGGGCUUCUCGAGAUGCGGGUGAGCGGGAUCAGGAGCUGCAGAGCACUGAUCACGAUCCAGUCGAAGCAAAUGAGGCACGCAGUGCUCGUACGUCGGUUGAAAGCCAACGGGCGAGCCUCGAUGCGCCUCCGGAGAUUCGUGCGGGCGACGACUUCGAGUCUCAGAGACAGGAAGAAAUCCAUGGAUAUAUUGAACGGAUUGAUGCACUCCAGUCAAAGCUCAAAUAUCUUGCCAAAGAGGCAGCGGAAUCAGCCAAGAAUGCUGCGGCUACUGCUUCCCCAGGUAGUGCCAAGAAGCAACUGCUAGAAAAAGACGAAAAGAUUGCGCUCCUUCUUGAAGAGGGCCAGAAGCUGUCGAAGUCAGAAAUGGACCACCGCAUCGCUCUCAAAAAGCUUCGACAGCAGCUCGCCGAUAGUUCGAAGGCUCAACUUGAAAUGAAGAAGAGAACAGAGAAGUUGGAAAGGGACCUACAUAGCUCUGAGGCUCGAGCAAAGCGAGCCGAGGCCGCGGAGAAGCGAGCGAAUGACUCCUUAUCGUCCCAAAACAAGGUGGCCAAGGACCUUGAAGCCGUGACAAAUGAACGCAACGCCCUCGCUCAGACAGUACAGGAAAUGAAAGGUCAGCUGAGCCGGGCCGCCGCCCGUGCUGAAGCCGCUGAGUCCAAAGCUACGUCUGAUGCAUUAGAAAAGGAAAAAAGCAGAGCCAAUGAUCUGGAAGAAGAAUUGUCUACUCUCAAGAUUGAGCGUGACAUCAGCCUAGAGAAGUCAAAGAAGGAGAUCAACGAGUUGAAAGAGAAGAUCGAUCAAGAGAGAGAAAGGGCGCGCAUGCUUGAGGUUGAAUUGAAGAGUGAGCAGUCAGUUCUAGAAAGCAAGAUGGAGAGCCUUCGGUCUCGCGCAGAAGAAGCUUCGUCCGGAACAACUGGAGAGACUCAGGCCAAACUUCUGCGCCAGAUCGAGACCCUUCAGACUCAGUAUUCCGUUGCCAGCGAGAACUGGCAUGCUUUGGAGGGCUCUCUGCUUGCCCGCUUGGCCAAUGUGGAGAAGGAACGAGAUGAUACGAGCCGCAGAGAGGCUGAUUUGCGCAAGAAGAUUCGAGAGCUGAACCUCAAAACCAAGAAACUCGAAGAAGAUGUCGAGAAUGCCAAAGAAGCCGAGCGGGAAAUCGAGAGCAAACUCGAAGAUCGUAUGCAGGAGUUGCAGAAGAUGCAGCAAAAAUUCGAGAGAACAACCGAGGACCUCGCUGCGGCACAGAAGGACGCGAUCGAGCAGAAGAAGGUCUCUGAUGCGACAUGGUCGCAGAAGCUCGAGGAAGAGCGGGCCAAAUGGCGUGAGCAGCUCAGUAGCUUGCAACAACCACGAGCCGUGUCACCCGUUCCAUCUACCCGCCGGUCGAGCAACCUAGAAGCUAUUCCAUCUGGUCUCUUGGAUUAUCGCCCGGAAUUCGUACCCGCGUCUAUCAACCCGGGAGCACUUUCUCCACCGCCGCUGAACACUGGGCCUCCAUCAAUGAUAUUGGAGACGCCUUCCAUUACCUUCGAGCCGGAUGAAUUUGAGACUGCUACUCCCGUCACUCCGUCUGCAUAUGGAGGCACCCACGCUGCUGGUUCUCGCGGUAUCAACGACAUCAUUUCCGAGUCGACUAUCGGUGCAGGCCCGUCUGUGCAGCUGGUCGAGCGUAUGAGCGCUACGGUUCGUCGAUUGGAGAGCGAGCGUGCUGGAUCUAAGGACGAACUUGCACGUGUCACCAGCCAGCGCGAUGAGGCUAGGCAACAAGUUGUUGACCUCAUGCGCGAGCUCGAGGAAAAGAAAACUUCCGAUUCUCGUGUGCAGGAACUUGAAGCAAAACUUGCUGAUAUCGACCAGCGGUAUCAAACAACCCUCGAAAUGCUCGGUGAAAAGAGCGAGCAGGUUGAGGAGCUUCACGCAGAUAUCGCUGAUCUCAAGAAGAUAUAUCGCGAGCUGGUUGAUAGCACGAUGAAAUGA